AUGAUGAGGAAUUAUUCUAAGUAUGAUGAUAAAAGGAAUGAAACUGAUAUGGAUUGGGAUUAUAUUAUUAAAAAGGAUGAUAGCGAAUCACAUGUUUUAAGUAAUGAAUAUGAAAAUAUAUAUGAUUCUUCUUCAUCAGAUGAAGAUGAAAAUGUACAUAAUAAAUCAAAAACAGAUUUAACAGAAUAUUAUUUAUAUAAUGAAAUUAAUAAUCACAAAUACAACAAUAACAUUUAUGAUUUCUAUCUGAAUAAAUUUAAUAAUAAUUUCAAGGAAGAAAAUAAAAGGAAUGAAUCACAUAAUAGUGUUUAUAAGAAAAAUUCAAGUUUUAUUAAAAAUAAAGGUUCAAAUAAAGGUAAAAUUGAUAGCCUUAAGAAAUUAGACAAUUCAGAUAACGAAUUUGAUAAAAAUCAAAUAAAAAAAAAUCAUAGCUUAGAAAAGAAAUACAAUAGUCAUUCAGUAUAUAACAGUAAAAGCAAACAAUCAAUUUUUAAAAAUAAAGGCAUAAGAAAUACUGAGAUAGUGAACGCAGAGCAUAAUAAGGAUAUUUAUGAUUUACCCAGUGAAUUAGUGUCAAAUAAUUAUACUAACAAAGAGGAUAUAAAUACGAUACCAAAAGAUUAUAAUAUUAACAAUAAAAAAUAUAGUGAACAUACUGAUACAAAAAAUGGAGUUAAUAUAUAUUUAAAUACUCUUAUAAAUAAAUGCGAUUAUACAAUUUCUUGUUAUAUGUAUAAGAAGACAAGUGCAACACAUAUUUAUAGAAAAAGAAUAAUAGUGUUAAAAAAAAAGUUUUUAAUUAUAAACAAAUUUAAGCAAAAUAUCAAUAAUAUUUACAAAGUUGUAAAUCGAGAUAUAUAUGAUAUAUCUCAUGCAAGAAUUAGUGAUAUAUAUAAAAGUUCAAAUAACAUAUAUAAAUUUACUAUUUAUGCAAAAAGAAUAUGUAUAGAUAAUAUAAGUUCCAACUCAGAUAAUAGUAACUUUUUUUCAUUAAAAAAAAAGAACGCAAAAAGAAAAAGCAAAGAUUAUUAUAAAAUAUCAAAUGAUGGGUUUCAUUUUAACAAUGAACAAAUUCGGUUAGCAAAUCAUAACCUGAAUUUAAUUACUGAAUUUAUUAAUUUGAUGAAAAUAAUUUCUAUAUAUGGGUCUAUAAAAAAAUAUAUGAAAAUAUUAUUUUUUAAAAGUACACAAAAUGGUUUUUUAAAAAAUUAUGGAUUGUAUUAUUCUUCUCCAAUGUAUUUUAAAUUCUUAAAAAAAUAUUAUAAUUCAAUGAUGCACAAUGUCUAUAACUAUAUAUAUAUAAACAUAUUAAAGAUAAAAAAUAUAGAACAAAUAAAAUAUAGUUAUAUAUACGCAAUAAUAGAUGUAAACGAUUUUUUGUAUUAUUAUAAAUAUGAAUACAAUAAAGACAUGUUUAUACCGCUUUUCUCAGAUAAACACAACAAAAUUGUGUUUCAUUUUUAUACCGACCUUGAUAUAUAUUUAGGGUAUUUUAUAUUAUAUAGUUAUGAAAUUGAGAAACACAUUUAUUUUGAUUUAUAUCUAAACAAUGGAAAAAGGAGUACCGAAUUGUAUAAUUCACAUAUGAGUUCUGGUGCUUAUAGAAAUUGCCAAAAAAAUAUUAAUAAUAAUAAUAUAUACAAAAAUAGUUAUAAUGAUUCAUUCUACAAUUCUACAAGUUCAAAUACGACAGAUAAUUUGGGAUUCUCUAUAGAUAAUAAUAAAGCUGAUUCAAAAUUAUUAAAUGAAGAUUCAUUAUUGAAUCAAAAAAAUAUAAUUUUUGAUAAGAAUUAUUUCUUUGUAAAAAAAUUAACAAAUGACCAAAAAAAAAAUGCACCAAGGAAUAGUAAAUAUGUAUAUGAUUCUACAGAUGAUAAUUUUUAUGUACAUAUAUUUAUAUAUAAAAGUAAAAACCGAUUCGAAUAUUUAUUACCUCAAGAAAAUAGCGCAAACAUGCUUGGCGAUAAUGAAAAUUUGUCUAUGCCAAAUAAUAAUCUAAAUAAUAAUUACCAGCUAAUUAGUUUAUUUUUAAAUAAUGUGAAAAGAACAAUGCAAAUCAAAAAUCGGGUUAAUAAAUUUUUAGAUAAAUUAAAUGAUAUUUUUGAAUUUAAAAGUUUUCCAGUUUCUAUUAUUUCAUUAAUAUAUAUAUUUUUAUGUUCUUAUUUUAAAAAUUAUAUACACAUCAUAUUAUUAUUAACAAUCAUAUUUUUAAUUUCAAUAAAUAAUGAAAAAAAUUAUGAUACGUAUAGAUAUCUAUUAUUUCAAUAUCCUAUAUUAUAUUUAUUUUUCCCUCAUAAUUUAUUGUGUAAAAUAUCAAAUAAAUCAAAUCUUUAUCAUUUGCAUACAUUUGUCCAUAUGUUUAUAUUGAAUAAAUUUCCAAUAUUUUUUCAAUAUCUUUAUAAAAAUUACAGAUGCAAAUGCCUAUAUUUCUUUGCAUAUACUCCUACAUAUUUUGGUAAGUAUUACAAUAGUUAUUUUAUUUCAAAUGAAGAUAAUGAUGGGAUAAAUAAAAACCGUAUAUCUCUAGAUAGAAUGAUCAAAAGAAAAUAUUAUGGGAAAAAAUGUGUUUAUAAACAUUCUAACAAAAAAUACAAUAGUCCAGACAAAAUUGAGUAUUUAGAAUCUCAUACAAUUAGAAAAAAAGAAACUUAUGAAAAUUCCAGACAGAGAAUAUUUAGCACACUGGUCAAGGGAAGUAACCAUAUUGACUAUAAAAACAACAGCAAUAGUAAUUACAUAACUAAUUAUUCUGAAUUGAGGGGUAUAAAGGAAAAUAAUAUAGAUAAUCAUGAUAGAAGAUAUUAUAGUAUUUCAAAUGAAGUGGAUCAGACAAGGCAUCCUAAUAGAAGAGAUAAUAAUGACAAUGUUAAUGGAUCCACGGAACAUUCUAAACUCCUUUUUGAUAGAUGUGCAAAAAAUGAUCAGUAUAAUAAUAAUCAAAAGUAUGAUAUAUUGAAUUCCUCAAGCAACAAACAUAUGAAUGAUAAUCAGAUAAUUAACAUUUCGAGAGAUAAACAUGUUAAAGCUGAAGAUAUAGAUAAAGAAAAAGGAGAAAAUAUAAAAUGCAAAAAGGAAGAAAAGGUAAAUGAUAAUAUAUUGAACAACUUACGAAAAUAUUUAAAAGACAAAAAAAAUAAAAUAAUCAAUAACACAAAGAAAAAAAGUGGAAAUAAUUUAGAAAAUGAAAAAUAUACAAAUGACAUGACCUAUUUAAAAAACAAUUAUAAUUAUUUAGAAGGGUCUAAUACUAAUAUGAAUACAAGUAGCAAAUAUAACACAAAAUUUUACAAUAAAAUGUUAAGAAAUAGAAAAAUACACAAUCUGAUUAGUAAUAAUAAAAACCAGUUAAUGGAGUAUUAUGAUUUGAGAGAAUAUAAUAAUAAAAAUUUAUCAAAUAAGCAUACAGACAAUUAUUUAAAUAAUAUAAGUGAAAAUUUAUAUUCAAAUAAUAUUAAAGAUAAAUUAUAUCAUCAAGAAUGCCCAUUUGAUGAAUAUAUAAAAAAUAGAAAAAAUAAUAUUUUAAAGGAAAAUGUCAAUCAAGGGAAUUUUAUUCCAUCUAAUAUAUCUGAAACAUGUAAUACAUUAAAUGUUAAGGAUCAAGAAUCAUAUAUACAUAGAAAUACUUUUCUUGUUUCAAAACAUGAUGACUACAAAGAAGAUACUGUAAGUUAUAACAGCGAUGAAAAGUAUUAUAACAACAAUGACACAUACGAUAGUAGUUAUAAUUGCGAUUUGCAAAAAUCAUCAAAUUCAUUUAAUGUGAAUGACGUUAUGUUGGCAGAUUUAGAAGUAAAAAUUAUGAACAAUAUGAGAAAUAAUUAUUAUCAACCUAAUAAUGAAAAUAAUACAAAAGAACAAAAUGAUGAUAAAUAUGCAUUACAUGAAUUAUCGCGUAAAAAUAAUACUAAUAAUAACUUUUAUUUCGAAAUAAACAAUGAAAAAUAUUCGAUGGAUUUUCUUGUAUAUGAAAAAAGUUGUUUUCAAUAUUGUAAACCCUGCAAAAGUUCUAUUAAAAGUAGUAAUAUUAAUUACAUUGGACAAACUUAUAAAGAACGUAAAAAUGGCAGAUUUAGUUCGAAUGAAAUUUUAUGUAAUCUUGAAAGUAGUCAUAAUGAGUAUAAUAUAAAUAGAAACGAAAGAAUUAGCACAAAUACAAAAAAUAGGCAUAGCAAUUAUAAUUAUGAUAACAAAGAUAACGUAAAUUUCUUAUUUGGUGAUAAGCACAUAAAUCAAAAAAAUAAAAUAAAAAACAAAGAUGGGCUAGAUAAAAAAAAAAAUAUAAAAUUUUCCGACUAUUAUAUAAAUAUCAGUACUAAUGAUUCGUUAUAUAACAUUGUUGAAUAUUUUCCUAAGUAUUUUUACAAUACUAUCAAAAUAAUAUGUAUCAACAUAAUAUUAAUUUUCAUUUAUGUCCAUUGUUUGCUCAUAAUUACUGUGCAUGGUGGGUUAAAUAAUGAUUUUCCUUUAUAUGUAUAUUUUUUAAAUAAAAUGAAAAAAAAAGAAAAAAAAACGGUAAAACAAAAGGAAAAGUCUAAUAAUUCAGUUAAUAUUAAAGAAGAAAAUGCAAAAAUUAACACAAAUAAAAAAAGUGAGGAAAAAAAUUAUACUUCAAAUUUUUUAUUCAAACCAAAAAGAAUAUUUAAAAGAUGGAAACAGCAAAAAAAACAUAUUAAAAUUGAUUUAAAUCAAAAUUUAUUAAAGAGCUCAAAUGAUGCAAAAGAUGUCAAAGCAUUGGAGAACAAUGUUGACCCGUUAAACAGUAAUCAAAAAAUACAUGAGACCGAACAAAUAUUAUGCAAUGAAUCAUCUGAAAUUGGAAAACAUAAAAAAAAUAACGAAAAAAAUAUGAAUACAAAUGAAACAAACGAAUACAACAAUGAUGAAACAAAAACUACAAAAAGUUCAUUAGAUAUAAAAAUUAACACUUCUCAACAAAAUGUCAGUGAUAUCAAAAUAGGCACAAUAUAUAAUCCAAGCCCAAAUCUAGAAAAAAACAAACAAACUGAUGCCUAUACGUUAUUUGAUAAUAACGAUAAAUACUACAUUAUUUAUCAUUCUCCUGAAAAUAUAUAUAGUAAUAAUAAUAGUUAUAAUAACAGCAAUUAUGACGAUAAAAGUAAUAACACUCUUGAUAAUGCUUUGAAUGAUAAGAUUAGGAAUCCUCAAGAUAAUAAUAAUAAGAACGGUGGCAAUGAUGGCAAUAAAAAUACAAACAAUUCCAACAUAAUAAAUCAAAGAAACAAUGCUGAUAUAACUUUGAAUAUAUAUGACAGUAAUAAUAAGAAAAUAAAUUGUGAAAAAAUAAUGGGUAAUUCUUCAAAAAUAUUAAAAAAAAAUGGGUUGUUUCAUGAAAAAUUUCAUUUAAAAGAUAGCCAUAAAUCGGGAAUGAAUAAUGAAGGUGAAAAAAACGUGGAUUUACUAAAUUAUAAAAUAAAAAGCCCUCAAAAUCAAAAAGAAAAUACACUUAAUGAUUUAUCCAAUGAUAGUUAUAUUGAUAAUGGCGAUGAACAUGAUGUUAAAGAUAAACUUCAUGAUACUACAGAAACAUUAAAUGAUAAUCCAAAUGAUUUGAAUAAUGGGAAUGAUGAUAAUAGGGAAAAUAAAAAUAAAAUUAUGAACAUUUUUGGAAAAUUAAAAGAUAUAAAAGAAGAAAAAAUUACCAAAAUAAAAAAUAUUUAUAAAUCAGAAAUACAAAAAAGAAAAAACGAAAAAAUUAGUGGUAUAAAAAGUGGUUUUGAUAUAAUUAAAAAUAAAAUUAACAGAAAAAUUGCUAAGAAUAAUUUCAACAAUGAUAGCAGUUUUUAUAAAAAUGAAAAAAAAAAAAAUUCUCAAUCAAAUAUUGAAGAUGAAGAAUCUUAUAAUACUCUAAAUGACAAUUGUCUUGAUAAUUUAUCGAGCAAUUUAUAUUCUGAUAACGAAUUCUUACAAACAAAUAAUUAUAAAGAGUUUGCAUACAAAGAAAAAGAAAAUAAGUGCAACGAUAAUAUAGAACAUAAAAAAUUGAUUAUAAAAAACAAUAACCCUGAUGAUAAGAAAACCCUUAUCAAUAAUACUUCUAAUUAUAUGAAUAAAAAAUAUAAAGUUCAAAAUAGAACCGACAUCGAAGGAAUAUUAGACAGAGAUUUACAUUUUGAUAAUAACAAAAAUUCUCGAAAUAACCGCCUACGAAAUAUUACCAAUAAUAUACAUAGGUUGAUAAUUUAUGGAAAUGAUAAAAAUAAAUUUGAUUAUAAAAAUAAGCACAAUAUUACCCUUAGCAAAAUGCGUAGUAUAUCAUUAAAUAUAAAAAAAAAUUCAAUAGAAAAAAAAGUAAUGCAUUUAGAAGAAAACAUAAUGAAUAGAGGGCCCAUAAAUAAGAAUUGCGAAAUAUCAAUGAAAAUAAGCAGGGACAUUAUCCAUAGAACCAAUAAUAUAACUAAAGAAUAUAGUAAAAAUAAAAUAAAAAAUAAAAAAUCAGUGGAUUAUAUUAAAAAAAUAUCUUCAAUAAAUUAUAAUAGUAAUGUUGAUGGUGUAGAAAAUGAUACAUUUUCACUAACUUAUAGCAAAGAAUUAUUAGGUUUAAAGGUAAAAGGACAUAGAAACCAUUCACAUUUUAGUUACAAAUGUAAGCAUUUAUAUGCUAUAAAUGCAAAUAUUUCAUAUAAAAUUUUAAAGGGCUUACAAAAAGAUAAUUAUGGACUUAAAAAUAUUCAUGAAAAAGGACAUUUUAGUGAAUAUGAUAUGGCGGCAAUUUCUAAAAAUGGUGGUAAAAAAAAUUUAGAUUAUAUAAACAAUAUGCAAAAUUAUUUAAAAAAUGUAAAUGUGGAAGAUAUUAAAAUGAAGUAUAGUGAUGAUUUGAAUUUUUUAAAAAAUGAUAAGAAUAUUCAAUAUAAUAGUAUGCUUUAUAAAUCUAUAAGUAUGGAAAAGAGUGACGAUGAAAAUAAAAACCAAGCGAACGAUAAAUUAAAUGAUAUUGAAUAUAAAAUGAAUUUGUUAAAAAAAAAAGGAAAUAAUCUCCUUGAUAAUAUGAAAAAGCAAUUUAAAAAAUUUAAAAAUAAAAACAACUAUUUAAAAGAUAAAAUAAAACAAAAGUUAUUGAGCAAGCAACCUAUGUUAUCAUAUGAUAUAUAUAAAGAUGAAAAAGACAAAAUAGCUUCUUAUGAUGUAAAUGUAUCAAAUAUAAACAAUACAAAAAACGAAAAAUCUGAAAGGACGGUUAAAAAUUCACAAAAUUUUAAAUCUGUUUUUCAAAAGAAUCAUGAGAGUUUCCACAACUUUUUAGAACAAUCUCUAUAUAGUAACAACAUUUUUAAAAAUAAAAUUAGCACAGAUUUAAAAAACGAAUUUCAAACAUUGGAUGAUUACUUUAAAAACAUAAAAAAUAAAUUUAAGUUAUUAAGUAAUUCUAAUAUAGCUUAUGAAAUGGUUAGUAAUAUAACCAGAAAUGAGCAACGAAAAAUUUACAUAAACAAAUUAUAUAAACGAAAUUUAUCAAAUUUGGAAUUAAUACAUAAUAAUAAUUGGAAUAAUUUAAAUUCAAGAGAAUUAUUAAAAGGUUUUACACAAAGAAAUAAAUUAUUUUAUCAAAAUUGGAAACUUAAAUAUCUUAGCAGUACGAUUAACGCUUUAAACCUUAGUACUAUCGAGAAUAACAUAGAAUAUUUAAAUUCUUUAAAAAAUUUUUAUAAUUAUAGAAGUCUUAGUUAUUAUGAAGAUCUCAAUGGGAAUAACAAAUUUAUUAAGGGAAAUAAUAUAAAGAAAAAGAACAGAGAAUACCAUUUUUUUACGAAAAAAAUAAAUAAUUUUAAUAAAUUUUUAUUGAAUAAAAGAAAUUAUUAUAAUUCAAUAGAAAAAAGUAGUAUAUUCCAUAAACUUCUUUAUGGUGUCUUAAUAUUUAUAAUUAACUACUUUUUAAUCUUUACAAUUUUAUAUGUUUAUAUUCACGAUAUAUAUAAUCUGUUUAAAUUUUCAAAAUACAUGUAUUUAAAAGCAAAAAAAUAUGAUAAGAAAAAGAAUAAAGAUUUCAAUAGCAUUGUCAAAAUAAUAUAUCAGAAAAACAUAUUUUCUUCGAAUGCCAAUUCAUUGUAUACAAAUAGACAUAAAAACAUAUAUAUGAAAAAAAAUAUUUUUGCACAAAUAUUUGUUCAAAAUAAAAAGGAAAAUAUUAAAAUGAAUCAAAAAUAUGACCAAGAAUAUAGUGAAGAAGAGGGCGAGUUUUCAUCAGAUAAUGGACAUGUGAAAAAAAAUGAAUUUAAAAAUAAUUUUCUACCAAAUAGGUAUUAUGAAGAAAACAAAGAUAAAAAAAAUAUUCUCACUGUAUAUAAGAAUGCCAAAACAAACCUAAAAAUAUUUAUGCAUAAGCAUAUGAUACUCAAUCUUUAUUUAGAGAAAUUUCUAAAUUUAUUCAAUCACAAAAAUUUUAAUUUGACAAAGGUUGUCAUAUCUCUUUUGGUCUAUAUUUCAAUUUUAUUACUUCCAAUAAAAUUUCACCAUUUGAUUAUACUCAAAUUGUUGCAUAUGUAUUAUAAGGGGUACUUGAGACGAUACUACAAAAAUGUUAUCAUAAAUAGUAUAUUGGAAAACAUUAGAAAUGCUAAAAUUAAUUUGAAGUUAUACAAGCCCAUUUGCUCCUUAAAUGAUGACGAAUGUUGUAUGUUAAUUGAAGAGAUCAAUAAAGGGUGUAACAUCUCUUUAAAUAUAUCACAGUUUAAGGAUAUUUACGAUGAAUACGACUUAGCAAAUGUGAUUAUACAAAAUUUAAAAGAAUUUGUGGAGUCAAAAAAAAUAAUAAGCCAUGAAUGGAACAUUAAUUUAUUGAAUCAUUCACCACAUGAUAAUAUAAGCACUAUUAACCCUCGAUAG